UUACCGGUUACCGGAUAAACCAGUUCUUUAAACCGCCAUGUCAGUCACCGGUUACCCAAGAAACCUUAACCCAACAGCUCCGGCGUUUUUACCGGCGAACUUACACCCGAUUCCUUUUUUUGUUCCGAUCAAAAUCUACCAUCCUCUUCCUCCGCCGCCUUACCCUUGUUUUUUCCCUAAUUUCGUCGGAGCCGGCCUUCCUCCGCCGGCUUCUCAUCUUCCUCCGACAUCGGUUACGCCGACUAGAGCUCUUGUGCUGUUACCAGUACCACCUGACGUCAGCGAGUCAUCUAUCCGGCGAGACCUGGAGGUGUUCGGCGAUGUGCGUGGAGUCCAAAUGGAGCUAGCAGAUGAAGGAAUCGUGACCGUCUAUUUCUACAACCUGAGAGACUCACAAAGGGCAUUGACGGAGAUACGCGAGCGUCACAUGCAUCAAGAACAACAAGUCCUUUUUAACCGUGGUUAUAUGGCGGCGCGUGGACUCGUCUCCGGAAGAACAGUGUGGGCCCAUUUCGUGUUUCCGCAAGUAACGGCCGUACCCGAAGGGAAAAACCAAGGAUCGCUUGUGAUUAUGAAUUUGAAACCCACCGUCUCUUCCACAACUCUCCGUCACAUUUUCCAGGCUUAUGGGGAAGUGAAAGAGCUGAGAGACACGCCGUUCAAGAAAGAACAGAGAUUCGUUGAGUUUUUCGACGUUAGAGACGCCGCAAUAGCUCUCCGUGAGAUGAACGGAAAAUCUAUCGCCGGGAAACAAAUCGCUAUCCAGUUUAGCCGUCCCGGUGGUUUCAACAGAAAAUUCUAUCUCGCCUCACGCUUCAACAAAAAUUUCCUUUCCAACCACCACCAUCAUCCACCACAACCACCGCCUCCGCCGCCUCAGCAUUACCGUCGCCGGAUACCGUCACCGGUGAAGCCGCUCAACGCGGUGGGUGAUAAACAACGGUACGAGCAAAAACAACAGAAGAGCAGCUAUAGGAAACGGUGGUCUAAUCAUAAGAAGAAGAAUCUUAGCGUUGAUGAUUACUUCACCAUAAAGGAAAACGCUAUCGCCACCGCCGAGCCCGGUCGUGACGGCCGAACCACCGUCAUGAUCAAGAACAUCCCCAACAAGUAUACUCAGAAGCAGUUUUUGAAUGUGCUGGAUACACAUUGCAAUGGCUGUAACCAAAAGAUAAUCAACGAAGGGAACAAUACUCCCAUGUCUUCCUAUGACUUUCUCUACCUUCCUAUUGAUUUCAGCAACAAAUGCAAUGUGGGAUAUGGGUUUGUGAACAUGACAACUCCAGAAGCAGUGUGGAGGCUUUACAAGGCCUUUCACAAAAAACAAUGGAGAGUCUUCAAGUCUAAAAAGAUCUGUGCUGUUACUUAUGCUCGAGUCCAGGGGAUUGAGUCGUUGAAGGAACAUUUUAAGAACGCGAGGCUUCCCGGAGCAGAGAUGGAGCAGUACAUGCCGGUUCUUUUCUCGCCGCCGCGUGACGGGCGGUUGUUGUCGGUGCCUAUCUCCAUUGUUGUUGACCUCGGGGAUAAACCGAUGGUAGAUAGCUGUCACGCUCGUGAUGAUGAAACUGACAUCUCUUGUUUGUCUUCUGACAAAGCGAGUGAAGAAGGAAGUGAUGAUGGUUGCUUUGGUGAGAGAAUCGAAAACGGCGGCGUUUCGGAUGACGAAAGCAAAACAGUAGUAGUAGUGAAUUAA